CGACAGUCGUCCGGUGUAAACAUGACGAGUGACGCGUGCCAGUGCGCAGCUACCAACGCGCAGCAUUUGAACAUUCGUAGUUCGAUCGGCCAUAUUGUCCUCCGGGUCUUACACAACGCCCUCACACGAACAUUCUCGACUUUACGAGGUAAGCGAAUAUUUCGAGGUUUCGGGUCGUAAGGGAACUUAGCACAACGUGGAAACUCAAUUCCGUGUGAAGAAAGACGCCUUUGAGCAGUGUUGGAAGAGAUCUGUGACCGCCGGUCGCGAGUAGAACGAAAAAGAUUGGCUAAUGAGAGAGAAUACGUUUCUAUGAGUUAAUGAUUUGACCAUGACAGCUAACGUAGCAACAAUUAAAUUAGAAGAAGGGCAAGAAUCUGUAACAGAAAUACAGACUUAUUUAGAAACAUUUAAUAAAGAAAUAGAAGGAGGUCAAGGAGAACAACUGCAACAUGUACAAUUGCAACAAGUGGAAGGAUUGUCAGGUGGAGAAGAGGGUGGAACUUACUUUGUUGAUCAGUCUGGUCAAUAUUACUAUCAAGCAAAUAAUGAUGAAACACCUGUAAUGACACAGGUGCAAAUUCAGGAAGUAGAAGAAGGAGAUGUUCAAAAUGAAGAGGCACCUCAAGAAGAACAAUACCACGAAAUUGAAGAAUUAGAUAAUGUUGAUGGUGAUGAAGAUGGUCAUGUGUCUAAUAGUGGAAAUAAUCAGGUUGUUAUCAAUUCUGGAGAUGCAUAUCAAACGGUUACUAUUGUACCAUCUGACACCAAUCCUGGUGAAGUCAGUUAUGUGUUAAUAGUUCAGCAACCUGAUGCUGAAGAUAAGGACAACAGAGCAAUAGAUCGAGAUGGAACAGAGGGCGAAGAAGGAGAAGGAGAGCAAGAUCUUACAGUUUAUGACUUUGAAGAUAAUGAAGACAAUGAAGCACCUGUGGAAUCAGAAGCAGAAGAUGACAAAACUAAAAUUAUUAAGUUCUUACCUAAAAAAUCACAGACUGUUACUCAAGCUCAUAUGUGUAAUUACUGUAACUACACAAGUCCAAAACGGUAUCUGUUAUCACGGCACAUGAAAUCACAUUCUGAGGAAAGACCACAUAAAUGUAGUGUCUGUGAAAGGGGAUUUAAAACAUUAGCUUCACUUCAGAAUCAUGUUAAUACACAUACUGGGACCAAACCACAUCACUGUAAAUUUUGUGACAGUGCAUUCACAACCUCUGGUGAAUUAGUUCGACACGUGCGAUAUAGGCAUACUCAUGAAAAGCCACAUAAAUGCCACGAAUGCGACUAUGCAUCUGUUGAGUUGUCUAAACUCAAGCGUCAUAUUCGAUGUCAUACAGGCGAACGUCCAUAUCAGUGUCCACAUUGUACAUAUGCAAGCCCUGAUACUUUUAAGCUGAAGCGACAUUUGCGUAUACAUACAGGAGAAAAACCAUAUGAAUGUGACUUUUGUCAGGCAAGAUUUACUCAGUCUAACAGUUUGAAAGCUCACAAACUGAUACAUAACGUUGGUGAUAAACCAGUAUUUCAAUGUGAAUUAUGUCCAACUACAUGUGGAAGGAAAACAGAUCUUAGAAUUCAUGUACAAAAAUUACAUACCUCUGAUAAACCAUUGAAAUGCAAACGCUGUGGAAAAACAUUCCCAGACAGAUAUAGCUACAAAUUGCACAGUAAAACUCACGAAGGAGAAAAGUGUUAUAAAUGUGAUUUAUGUCCAUAUGCUUCUAUAUCCGCGCGCCAUCUUGAAAGCCACAUGUUAAUUCAUACUGAUCAAAAACCAUAUCAAUGUGAUCAUUGUUUUCAAUCAUUCAGACAAAAGCAACUUCUCAAACGGCACUGUAAUUUGUAUCAUAAUCCUUCUUAUGUUCCUCCUCCACCACAAGAGAAGACACAUCAGUGUCCCGAAUGUGAACGACCAUUCAGACACAAAGGGAAUCUUAUUCGACACAUGGCUGUUCAUGACCCAGAAUCGUCCCUUCAAGAAAAGCAACAAGCACUGAAAAUGGGAAGACAAAAAAAGAUACAAAUUAUAGACGGACAAAGAGUUGAGGUCAUGACAGGUGAUUUAGCUUCUAAACUUAAAGGUUAUGAAGAAGAAGAAGAUGAUGAGGACGAUAUGAUGGCGGUUGAAGGAAGCGAUGGUCAACAAUAUGUCGUAUUGGAAGUUAUACAGCUAGCUGACAAUCAAGGAACCGAUCAGAUGGCCGUCGUAGCUAGUGAAGAUGGAGAUUUGGUGAUGCAAGAUCCUUUGAGUCAAGAAAGUGGCAUUGUAACUGGUACAGGGGAAGAUAUAGAUGAUGGAGAAGAAGAAGAUGUGGAAAUGGAGCUAAAACUGGAGGCUGGAACAGUUAAAUCUUCAUCUCAAAAUACACACAGUGAUCCAAAGUUACAAAAAGAGAUGGAAACGUGUUUUGGUUUUGACGAGGAAGAGGAGGAGGAGGAAGAAGAAGCCAGUGGUAAUAUAAAUAUAUUGCAGACAAUUUCGUAAUAAGAAGAAUGGAUACCAGGAAACCCUUCUAUGUAAUAGUCAAAUAUUUUAUCUCUCUCGCAGUAACAGUGUAUACUGUGGGUGCAGUUUAAUAUUAUUUAAAAACUCUGUGCAUAGCUCCAAUGGAGCCAAUUUUCGGGGCUUGCGUGGUCCACAUAAAUGGUACAAGAACAUUUUUUGCCACUAGUGCAUUAGAUGUACGUAAUAAUUUAUGAACAAACAGUAGUUUUGUGGUUUAGUGAAAUACGAAGCGAAUGUACAAUUAUAAUAAUGUAAAAUAUUAUUUUACUUUAUUAUAAGUAAAAAUUAUCUUUCGGAAAUCGUAAACCAAACCGUUACUAAUGCAAUCUGAUAUAUUAGCAACGUAGGUUGGAAUAACAGUUUUAAACGAGUUAUUUAAAAACGUUACUCUAAAGGCAUAACACACAGCCAAACGUUUGAACUUAUUGAUAUCAAUCGAUAUCAUUGUUGGAAUGUGGCUAAAGAAACUGAAAUUACAGAAUAAAGUGAGGCUGCAGUGUAUAUAAAUGCUUACCAUUACACUUCAUUUGAUAGAUAAAUACUAUAUUCUAUAAAUAACUAGGGGAAAGA